AACGCAAUCCUGCCACCCUGCUACUGCUAGUGCUAUCCAAGGCGGCAGCAACGCUCACCGAGCUAGGGAUGGUCAGCAUAAACAAGGCAGAUAUCGUUGAGCCCGCCGACGAAAUCUUCCCUCCCAUGGAUCACAGCCAUGCUCUUGUAGUGGACAAUUGCCUCGACGCAAAUCCGACAACAUACAGAUCAAUUUCUCCUUCGCGGGUACUCCCUCCGUUCCGAAUUACUUGUCGCAGGUAUGGAUGUAUCUAGAUGUAUUUUAGUUCUAGAUACAUCCAUUUCUGCGACGAGUAAUUUGGAACGGAGGGAGUAGUACCAAAGAGAAGUUUCCAACCGCCCACAAACGAGAGACAGGGGCCAGAGGCAGAGGAAAUAGAAAACCUCCAUGUUCAGAUCGGUCCUCUCAAAUGUAAGCUGAACAAGGUACCGUAUUAUCGUUCUAUAUGCGAUGAACGGCAGCAGGUUGAGGUCUACCGCCGGCUCUCCUGGUACUACAUCCAAGCCCAUGAGUUACCCUCGCCCGGAGAGGAACCAGAUAAUGCACAACUGAGCAAGGAAUUGGAGCGUUGUCUGGAUGCUUAUGAAAUAAAUUUCCUCCAGCGCGCCAAAGACAAUCCUGAAUGGUACUUCCAUCUUGAACAAUGAAGCUUGCCGGCUUGGAAGACUACCAGCGGCUAGUGCUUCCUGAUCAUGGUAUGUAUGGAGAUUUGAAGCAAUACCGCCUGUAUUAUCAUACCUAUCAGGGAGAUGUAGAGUAUGUCCAGUUCCGUGAGCAGAUGGCGGAGCAAAUUAAGUGGAUUGACGAUGAAGCAGCACUCUUCGGCGAUCAGCGGCUGAGAAACGAGCUAGAGGCUUUUAUUCAAACACUGAGGAUUGCGAUGCGGUUUCCAAAUAUUUCCGGACACUCAGUUGUCUCUGCCUUACGUGAGCAUCUAUAUAGCCUUCGGUUUGACUUUAACCACCGGAAGGACUUGGAUGGUGUCUAUCUUGAGAUAUGGAAACGGGUUGCUAGGAAUAAGAUGAAUUUCGGUGACGCUUUGAAGCAAUUGUAUGAAGAGAACAUUUUCCCCUUCCGCAGGCCUGACAUCAAAUUAGCACUCAAUAGCUAUCCAGGCCCCAGUUGGAUAAAUUCUAGUUAUGAUACCUACGUGGCUAGCAUUGAUGAGGGGUUCUCGGAAGACGAAGCUCAUCCCUUGAUCAUAGAGGCCGUUGAGAAAAUGGUUGAGAAACGGAAGAACUAUUUGGAUUACACCAGAAAGAAAUUGGAGAAUUGUCUUCGUCUUCGCCGGUGAGUGCCAGAGUCCAAUUCACCUUGGCUUCUCUGGAGCAGAUUGACUACUUGACUACUUGACCUCCCACAUGGGCUCUAAGGUGCGGUUGCGCGGGUGAGCAAAUGGGAGUCGAGCCACUCCUGUCCGCGGUGUCCAUGGACAAACGGAAGGGCUCAAGUUUGGCAAUUGUGGUUGGAGAUGCUCUUAGAACUAUCCGAGCAAAUGUCCCGUGAGAUAUUUCGCCCUACUCAUGGCUAGCAUCCAGGGGAGAAGAAUGAUCACUGCUGCAUUGGGAACUCUUCUUAAGAGCGAAUAUAUAUGCAGCUUAAAGCUCUCUCUAGUCUUCUUUUGAGCCCUUCCCAUGGUCCUCUUAGGACAAUGCAAGGUGCUUGAAGUGUGCUUAUAAAAACGAACAAAUUUUUUUCUUAAGCAUCGGUGCUUGUUUUCAUGGUAGACUUUAGUUUUGCGAGUACCUUGCAUUGCACAUGGCCUUAACUAUCUUGUGAGUUUCUUUUUAACAGGAUGUUAGGUUGGUGAUGUUUUGCUUAUGAAUACAGGGGCCUCGU